AUGGGGGGCAGUGUAUGUAUAUGUGUAUACACUGAGCAGGAUAAUAAUAGUCUGGUAGCAGCAGUUGUGAUGUGUGUUAAGGUGCGGAGAAUCAGCAGGUGGUCAGUCCAGUUCAAGUGUUCAGCAGUCUGAUGGCUUGUAGAUAGAAACUGUCUCUGAGCCUGUUGGUAUCAGACCUCAUGCUCCAAUACAGUCUGAUGGCCUGUAGAUAGAAACUGUCUCUGAGCCUGUUGGUAUCCAUGUUAAUAAUGUUAUUCUGCAGCUGGUCCAGGAUCAAUCAGCUGUGUUAGCGUUGUUAUGACAGCUGGAAGUCUGUAUUAACUGUAUUACAGUGUGUGUGUGUCCCAACUCGCACCCUAUUCCCUAUAUAGUAAAAGUAGUGUGCACUAUGUAGGGAACAGUGUGCCAUUUGGGGACGUACUCAGUGAGUUAACUCACCGGCUGCUGCUGUAACACAUUGGAACAUUGUACAGACUCAUCUCUAUAGCAACCACUUUGUUGACUGACAAUGUACAGACUCAUCUCUAUAACAACCACUUUGUUGACUGACAAUGUACAGACUCAUCUCUAUAGCAACCACUUUGUUGACUGACAAUGUACAGACUCAUCUCUAUAGCAACCACUUUGUUGACUGACAAUGUACAGACUCAUCUCUAUAGCAACCACUUUGUUGACUGACAAUGUACAGACUCAUCUCUAUAGCAACCACUUUGUUGACUGACAAUGUACAGACUCAUCUCUAUAGCAACCACUUUGUUGACUGACAAUUUACAGACUCAUCUCUACAGCAACCACUUUGUUGACUGACAAUGUACAGACUCAUCUCUAUAGCAACCACUUUGUUGACUGACAAUUUACAGACUCAUCUCUACAGCAACCACUUUGUUGACUGACAAUGUACAGACUCAUCUCUAUAGCAACCACUUUGUUGACUGACAAUGUACAGACUCAUCUCUAUAGCAACCACUUUGUUGACUGACAAUUUACAGACUCAUCUCUACAGCAACCACUUUGUUGACUGACAAUGUACAGACUCAUCUCUAUAGCAACCACUUUGUUGACUGACAAUGUACAGACUCAUCUCUAUAGCAACCACUUUGUUGGCUGACAAUGUACAGACUCAUCUCUAUAGCAACCACUUUGUUGACAGAUACACACAAGAGGCCUAUAUAUAUGAUUUACAUUAGGAUGUUAGACUUAGGCUGUAUUAUCAGGAACAUGUUAUUUACAAUCUGUUCCAAUUGCAAAGUUGCCAAUAAAGAACCCACAAAGCUAUACAUUAAAAUAUAUACAUUAAAAGCUAUGGAGUCUAUAGUAUGUUUAAAAAUAUGAAUAAGUCAUUGAUACCGCUUCAAAAAUCAUAAGCCAACCACAGCACACCCCUGAUUGUUCAGCCUGCACGUCAAUCACAUCAGUAUGUUGGCCAAUCAUGCGCAAAUCAAGUUCUAUAGAGUUCUGUCCAUAGAAUUCCAUAUUAGAAGGGGUUCUUUUUAAAUAAUUUUUUUAGGGGGUAGAUCAGCUUUAAUAUUGCAGAUAGAUUGUGGCUUCUAUCAAUGUCAUUUCCAAUCCCCCAUAUAUUGUUGUUGUAAAUAUAUUUGUUAAAGAUAUAUAUUUUAUUAAAUAUAAAGCGUAAAUUGUUGCCAGCAGCACAGUUGCCGUCACCAACCCUCUGGAUAAUAUAAAAACAGCCUAACCAGCUCUGCUAGGGUGACUAAAAUGGUCAGAGUGACCUGUUCUCUCAUUUGUGUCUGGAAGUAGCUAGCAAGCUAGCCAACGUUAGCCAGUUAGCCAGUUAGCCAACGUUAGCCAGUUAGCCAGUUAGCCAACGUUAGCCAGUUAGCCAGUUAGCCAACGUUAGCCAGUUAGCCAGUUAGCCAACGUUAGCCAGUUAGCCAGUUAGCCAACGUUAGCCAGUUAGCCAGUUAGCCAACGUUAGCCAGUUAGCCAGUUAGCCAACGUUAGCCAGUUAGCCAGUUAGCCAACGUUAGCCAGUUAGCCAACGUUAGCCAGUUAGCCAGUUAGCCAGUUAGCUUGGGUGCUUGACUGCUGUUGUUAGGACAGAACGCUCAGAUCAACCCUUAAAGAGAUGGGUGGAGCUAACGCUUAAGAGGGUGUGAACGAUGCUGAAUGGGUGUAGACAAAGAAGAGCUCUCCAGCAGGUGUACCAAAACAUUCAAAGGCCAUUUUCUCAAAAGUGAGGUUACAAGUUGAUCAACUUUCAAAGCAAAAUGACUUUCCCAUUGUUCCUCAACUGUAGUGUAUGAUAUACCAUGUUCUAGCUCUGAGUCUAUCCAAUGUAAAAAAAAAAACACAAUUUCAAAUGUUGCUACAUAAGACCGAUUUGAGCCGGUCGGUCACAUAUUUUCCUUCUUUAUUAUUUUCCCCUAACCCCACCACCCCUCCCCUAAUUAGAGUAAACAAAUGAACAACAACACUUAGGCUUCUACUUCCAGCUUAUACAUACUAUAUACAUUUAACAGACACAGUAUAUUUUACAUGAGUUAUCUUUUGUUUGUUUUUAGUCCCAUCCUUCAGCUACCAUCAGCCCCUCCCACCUAUCUCUGAAAGGGGUUAUACCUUUGCGCGCUCCAGGUCAAAAAUGAUUUCACCGUCACUCCUCUCCUCCCCUCCCCUCAUCUCCCUCUCUACCCAGACUGCCUCUCUCUCCUUGUCUACCGGGAUAAGUCCGAUAAGGUCAGGGGUCGUCGUGAGCGGCUGCGGAUGACCUUGGAGGGGAUCUGUGGAGUGGAGCCGGGGUUAGGGUACGACGGGGUGGCCUUCACCCUCACCAUCCUCUGCCUGGGACACACAGUGGGACUGGGCUUCGACAGCAGAGAGGGGCUGACGGCAUGGGACGCUAGGCUGAGAUACAGCCUGGGAGAAGGUAGGGUGGGGGGGGGGCAUGGGACGCUAGGCUGAGAUACAGCCUGGGAGAAGGUAGGGUGGAGGGAGGGGGGGGGGCAGUAGGGUGUGUGUGUGUGUGUGUGUGUGUGUGUGUGCGUGCGUGCGUGCGUGCGUGCGUUUUGGCCCUUUCAGAGUUUGAGUAGAAGUUGGGGUAAUAAGUACAUCUCAGUCUAGACCGGUUGCGGUUGCGGUUGGUGCCGGUCAACAUUAGGGAGGACACCUUUUUUUUGGUAAUGAGCAUGGCCUUAUUUCUAUUACAGCAUAAUGGAUGACUGUCAUUCAUAUUCCCAUUCACCCAGUUCAAUGUAACAGCGAUAGGUUUAGGCUACUACAUGAUACUCUAAUGUUCCCUAAACCCAUCAUGAGGUUGCUACAACCUAGCUUACAAAUGAAAGUUUAUAACCUAGGUGCACACAGGUCGAGAGACAAAUUAAUAAAACAAUACAUUUGAAAAAACCAAAAGCUUACCUUGACUUGGAAGAGUUGGAGUGUUGGAUAGCGUUAGCGGUAGCAAACAUGUUUAGCAUUUCUCUCUGUUUGGAGUUCAGUCAGGUUGUUCAGUAGGAAAAUAGGUUAGAAAGAGCCAAGAGAAAAGAGAAGAAGAAGAAAGAAAAAAGGGUAGGUAUGGGAUUGUAUAUAUAUUAAAUAAUUUUAAAUUUGGAUGGUUUAGAAUAGGGGGGGGGGAAAGCAAUCAUGGUUAAGAAAGAGAGAGAGAUGAUUGGAAGGGGGAGGGAAAAGAGGAAGGGAGGAAGAGGGAGGGGAAGGGGAAAGAGGUACCCCAAAAGUUAUUAUACUGUAUUUCCCUGAUAAUAGAGAAGGAGAGGGGAGAGAUAGGCGGGAAGACCAAGAAAAGGGGGUAGAGGGGGGAAAGAAAGAGAGAAGAAGGGGAGAGAGAUUAGUUAGAGAAGGCCAAGAGGGGAGACUCUCUUCUUUCGGAAACUCGUUUUGGAUGUCUCUCUGUCUUCUCUAUUCUCUCCCUUCUCUAUCUCUCUCUCUUCUCUCUUCUCUUCUCUCUUCUCUUUUUCCUUUUUCUUCUCUCUCUCUCUGCCAGCCAGCUAGCCAGUCAGUCAGUCAGAUGUCUUCUACGACCUGUUUCUUCCCCUGUGCCCGUUCAGUGUUUGGGGCAUGAGUGAAAGAUCUUGCUUUUUUUCUGCUCAGAUGACACCUGCUGUAAUGGUGUGUGUGGUUUUGGGGGAUCUUUAUAAAAGAGUCAUCAACAGACACCCAGGUUGCGUCCCAAAUUCCCUACAUAGUGGACAACUUUUGAUCAGGUAGUGCACUACAUGGGGAAUAGGGGUACCAUUUGGGACGGAGCCCCAUUGGUGACAGAUCACAGCCAGCGGAGCACAACAGAGUGUUUAAUCAUCAUUAAUACUGGCAUCAAUCAGCCAGCUCUCUGUGUGUGUUAGAUGGAUGUUUAUGUACUAGACUUAUGCUCCGUGUCAGCUCUCUCUGUGUGUGUGUGUGUGUGUGUGUGUGUGUGUGUGUGUGUGUGUGUGUGUGUGUGUUCCUCUUCAUUAUGUCUCUGAUUGAUACAGAACUCAUGGUGUGUUACAGCGGCUCUCUUUGCCUUUAGCUAAGUUUGACUGAUCAUUCAUCAGUCCUCUCCCUCUCUCCUCUCCAUCUUUCCAUCUCUCCAUCUCUCCCCCCUCCGUCUCUCCCAUCGCUACCGCUCUCUCUCCUCUCUUUCCGUUCGUUCCCUCCCCCCCCAGUUAGAUAAGGGAGUUUAUCAAAAUUGGGUUUGUUUUCGAAUUCUUUGUGGAUCGCUGUAAUCUGAGGGAAAUAUGUCUCUAAUAUGGUCAUACAUUUGGCAGGAGGUUAGGAAGUGCAGCUCAGUUUCCACCUCAUUUUGUGGGCAGUGUGCACAUAGCCUGUCUUCUCGAGAGCCAGGUCUGCCUACGGCGGCCUUUCUCAAUAGCAAGGCUAUGCUCACUGAGUCUGUACAUAGUCAAAGCUUUCCUUAAGUUUGGGUCAGUCAGUGGUCAGGUAUUCUGCCACUGGUUACUCUCUGUUUAGGGCCAAAUAGCAUUCUAGUUUGCUCUGUUUUUUUGUUUGUUCUUUCCAAUGUGUCAAGUAAUUCUCUUUUUGUUUUCUCAUGAUUUGGUUGGGUCUAAUUGUGUUGCUGUCCAGGGGCUCUGUGGGGUCUGUUUGUGUUUGUGAACAGAGCCCCAGGACCAGCUUACUUAGGGGACUCUUCUCCAAGUUAAUCUCUCUGUAGGUGAUUGGUCAAUCUCUCUCCCUCUCUCCCUCCCUCCUUCCCUCCCUCCCUCUCUUCCUCCUUCCCUCCCUCUCUCUCUCAACCAGUCCACAGGUUCAGUGUAGGCGUUCAGCCAGGAACUAAGCUAGAGAGUGGUCCCGCCUCCCUGCACCUGUGCAACAACCUAUUGGUCCUCACUAGGGACCUCCCCCCGGCCGUGAUUGGCCAGUGGAAGCUGUCAGACCUGCGUCGCUAUGGCGACGUGCCCAAUGGCUUUGUGUUUGAGGGCGGGACUAGAUGUGGAUACUGUGAGUAUGGAACCACAACGGGCUCUGUGUCCCAAAUGGCAAGUCCCUAUGUAGUACACUACUUUUGAGGAUUGGAACCCACUUUGUCAACGAGUUAGUUUCUUUUUACUAAGUAUUUAUAUUUCCAUGUUCAUAGUUCACCAGGUCUGUGGCCUCCAACCCUGGUCCUGGAGAAUUAGAAGUAUGCAGGCUUUUGUUCCAGCCCAGCAGUACAAUGUCUCUGUGUCUCGAUCGCCCGCUCUUCUCUCCCCAUGACGACAGGACAGUGUAGUUGGUUGGUAUCUCAGAGGACAGUACAGUUGGUUGGUAUCUCAGAGGACAGUACAGUUGGUUGGUAUCUCAGAGGACAGUACAGUUGGUUGGUAUCUCUCACCCAGGUUCUCUAUAAAUGAAGAGGAGGGUAGAAUCAGAGUGUAGACCAGGUUUCCUAGAAAUGAAGAGGGGAGGGUUAGAAGUCAUAGUGUAGACCAGGUUUUCUAGAAAUGAAGAGGAGGGUAGAUUCAGAGUGUAGACCAGGUUUCCUAGAAAUGAAGAGGAGGGUAGAAUCAGAGUGUAGACCAGGUUUCCUAGAAAUGAAGAGGAGGGUAGAUUCAGAGUGUAGACCAGGUUUCCUAGAAAUGAAGAGGAGCGUAUCGCACUCAACAAAAUACAUGUCCAGUGUAGCAGGCCUGUCAGGACCAAAGACAACUACUAUUACUGUAGCAGGGGUCUGUGUAAUAUGCCUGUGUGUGUGUUGUGUGUGUGUGUGGUGUGUGUGUGAUGUGUUGGUGAACUGUGCGUGUGUUUGUGUGUGUGUGUGCAUGACUCCUGGGCCAGAGUAUCUUGUUUCAUCAUUCUAUAAAUACCACACCCCCUAGAGCCCUCUCAGCCAAUCACCACGGCCCUCUCCCCCACAUAA